UGAUCACAUUCAAUACAGCAACAGUGUUAUCGCUUUGUGAUUGGAUACAACAUUACACACUCCGGUCCCAACCACCCAAUAGAAACUCCUUUUUCAAUUGACGUCAUCAACUAAUAAGCUUUGUCGUGCGUUCCCAUUAAACUACGUAUUAACUCACUGCUCACUAAGUCUCCUUCAACAUAAUAAAGUCACAAAUUUUGUUUCGUCGUGUAUCACAUCUACAUGGUAUCUUACUGAAAGAAGUUCAAAAUGUCUCAAACUAAAAUAUCUCGACAACGCGAGGAAACUUGGUGUUCGCUACACCAACGGUUAAGCUCAAUGGAGUUUGAUCUUCAGGGAGUCUUCCCUCGGCCAGUGGCGACAUACGUCCAAACGCAAGCAGAUAGCCUUAGCACUUGUGCUGGCUAUGUGUUGUCCAGCAUCCUCACGACCGUUUGCUUCCUCAUAAGUCUCCAAUGCGACGUUCAACUUCCUCAUGGUAAACAAAAAGCGAAUAUGUUCACCAUCUUCAUCGGCCCCCCAUCAACUGGCAAGACACAAGCGAUUCGAGCCAUCACGACAGAUCCCCUAUUGGAACUUUUCAACCAAAAAGACAUCGCCAAUCCCAUGCUGAACAAAUGUACCGCCGCCGGUCUCGGGAAGAAACUAGCCGACAACAAAAGCGGCUUCAUCGUUAGUUCAGAAAUCUCAGAUGCCCUCGGAAGACUGACCAAAGCAGACGAUUGCGACCCCGCCCUACUUUGCGAACUGUUUUCCGGAGAGCCUGUCACAUUUACUUUCGCCACCAAAAACGAUCAAACCAUCCCAUCAUCUCUACCCUUCGCAAUUCUUGGUGGAACCCAGAUGCAACCAGCAGCCACACUAUUAACGGCAUUUAAUAAAGGUCAAGGACUUUUGGAUCGUUUCCUCAUACACGUCCCUCAAUGCCUCAGACCGACUCCUGACGACACAGUCACAGCACAAGCUGCAUUGCAAGAACAUAACUUUUCGUUUUCCGAUUUGGUUUCGGCCAUGUAUGAUAUCCUGGACACCAUCAACACCUUCACUUUCACCGACGCUGCGAAAAGACGCCUCUCAGACAUCAAUGCAAACAUCAUUGCUGACAUCAACAAUGCCAUCAAAAAUGGCCUCGUCCCACCCAAGUCGAAAACGUUCGACUUCGUAGUCCGGUUGGCUGCUGGCAUCCAUGUGUUCGUUUACACCUGCUCCGCCUUUCUUGAUGGCCAAGACAACAUUGGACCACCACCGCCUGAGAUUGACCUAUCCAGUUUAGAAGCGGCAUUGACUUUCGUCGAACACUGCGAAGCCCAGAAAACAGUAUUCAUGCAGGUUCUCAGCAACAUGAUCAGCCCUGUACUGGAGGACGUACGCCUGCAACCAUCUCAAGAAGAUGUCCUGCGAGCUAUCAUCCUUUUCCCAGGCAGAAUCGUUACAUACCGCAGCUUCACAAGUUCUGGCCCACGGUGUCUGCGCCAAACAACAUCCGUCGAAUUUCAAACAGCCAUCACUAAGUCAGCAACCUACGGCAAGCAAUUCACAAUCAAGGUCCCUCGCUGCAAACCCAUCAUGGUCUUCCUCAAGAAGCACCCAGACACGAUCACCGACUGGCAGACAGUCAACGAAGAGGUCUACCGAGCACGAUUCGACGCUCCCUGCAGUGUGAAGAUCACACAAAACAUUCAAGCGGCUGUAGUAGCACAUGAAGAUCUGCCUGAAGACUACUUCAGAGUUGGCUGAAUAUUUGUAGAACUGCCACCGACAAGAACGGCUGCCCAACUUGUUGACGCACUACAGUCAAACCCACAAACCUAAUCGUCUUGCCUCCAGACAUAUUUUUCUAACUUCGGUAGUCCCUACAGAUAGGACCAAGCCCAACAACAAGUAUAAUACUAAUAAAACGUCGCUCUCACCAUAACAAAUAUGUAUGCAUAAUCUCAUUAUUUAAUGUAAAUACAAUAACAUAGAUAUCUACUUUUCUUCACGUUUCUUCACGUUUGUUCUUCACUUUGUGUUAUUAUACUCGCUAAAUAUUCAUUUGACAUGCACUUUUGAUAUGCGCUAUACUUUGUUAUAUUUGUACGUUUACCUCAUUCAAUAAAUGUAUAUAUUUCCCUUAAUCACUGCCUUUGCUCCCCUCAAAGCUUAGCUAAAUACCUCUUUAACCUUUAGAUAGAUAGUAGUUUUUUUCAUACUUUUAUAUACCCUUAAUUAUAUUGCUUAUUCUAAAUACCAUCUGGUGUUAUUUAUAUAACAAAAACUUAAUGCGCCAUAGAAUCAUUCCUAAUACUUGAUAUCAGUUCGUCAAUAACUAGGUGUUUCCAAAAAUCCAGCUGAUACUUCUUAACCUGUUUUGCUAAUCCUUUCAUUGUAACAUUCCAAUCCAUUUCGCUACAAUUUUCGUACAAAAAUUAAACUUAAGCUACCAAAAACCUAUUCUAUUCCUAUUGCUACAUGUUUUUACAAAUUCAUUGAUGCUCAUUUUGGCUUGCCACUCAACCAUCACUGUAACCCUACAAAACUUAUGUGCAUUUCCAUGCCGCAUUUAUUUCAAUGCGCGUUAAUAAUUGUACUAUUUUUAAUUGUUUUUUCAAUUUCAAAUAUAUUUCACUUUAACAGUGCUACAUAGCUCAAUAUCCAACCCAUAUUUUUUAAACAUUAUUGUUUACUUUAUUAUCUAUUCUCCAUUACACAUGUUUUGCUUCGCUAUUUCUAUUACAAAACUUGCUGCGUUAUGAUCGACCUGAAGAUUCCUCCAUUCCUUAUACUUCAGUUAAUCCAGUUCAAUUAAUCAAUAAACACGCAUUUCCAA